UCUGAAGUUGUCGAAAACAGAAUUCGGAUGUCACAUUACAUGAAGAAAACGGUAAAUUCGGAAGAUAUUGAAGAGAUUCAAGUUAUGGAUAGAUGAGGCUGCAAACCUGUUUGGAGGAAUGGAUAUUGUCACAGUGGAAGCUAUACAUACUAAAGAUGGCAAGGAUUUCAUCAUCGAGGUGAAUGAUUCUUCCAUGUCUCUAAUGGGUGAAAAUCAAGAAGAGGAUAGAAAAGCAAUAGCAGAUCUAGUCAUUCAAAAAAUGCAUGCUGUUAUCAUCAAAAACACCAUCAGACCAUCAUCUAAGUUAAACCUGGCUUCAGAAUACGCACCUACAUGUAUGAGUAUAAUCAGUACAAAAGCAAGUUCUUCAUCACUGCUAAGCACCAGUCCAGCUCCAAGUACUUCUCGCUCUGCACCCCACUCCCCCUCAGCUACCUCCCCACAGACCACACCCUUCAGGGCUUCUAACAACCAUACCCCAAACAGCGUGAAGUCCUUGGGUGCCCCCAGUACAACAUCAACCUCCAAUGCCACAGCGGGAGGUUCUCAGGCAUCUUUAUCAGCCAAGAUGACACCAACAGAAGACGAAGAUACCUUCAAGAACCUUAAGAAAACUUUUGCAAGCAUCUUUGGCGAUUUGUGAUAACUUAUUUUAUUUUACUGCAGAGCAUAUUGUUAGGCUGAGUUUGAAUGUCUUUUUGAUUGCCCAAAUGGUUUUCUGUCAAUUUCUUUUUAUAUGUUAUCUGUUGCAAAUCAAUAGGGGAAUACUCAUCUAGCAGAGUAAAUUUUCUUUUGACUUUCAGCAUGUGAUGUUCAAAUGAAGCUUAUGUAGCUAGCUAGUGUAAGCCUAAAUAACAUACACCAAAAAAUGAAAAAGUUCAGUCAGUCUUCAUAAGUUUACCAUCAAGUCAAAUACCGGACAAAGUCUAAUUUGUUGAAUGUCAAGAUUUCUUUGGUCCCAAGUGAUUCAAAUUUGGCAGAUUCACCGGUAGUUAAAUCUUAUAUGGGUACUUUUAGUUCAUAGAGAAUAUACAGACUAACUAAUAGCUCUAAGUCUGAAUGUGAAUGAAGUUGACGUAAUGCAAAUUUCAAUUUGAAUAGAUUGAUUGUAGAUUUACUUGAUAGAUGACCGUUGGUGUGAACCUGUUGUCACUUCAAAGGACUAGAACUCAAUGGCUGCCUUGUAUAGCCAUUGAACUGAGUCUCUACCAUAUUCAAAUUUUAUUUAUUCUAAUAUUUGGAUGAACCAUGUAGAGAUUUGCUUCUGGAGAAAAGAAUUGUUGAAAAUUCAAUUUUUUUUUUAGUAAACUCAUUCUUUUUCCCUGUAGCUUUACAAAUAAAAAGAUGUCACACCUCAAAGACGCUUGUAAUUUUGUUAGUACUAUCCAUGGAUAUCCUGGAUGCCCUGAAUAUCAUUUUUAUUUUGGUAACUUUUCAAUUCAAAUAGAAUCAUCUUUUUAUUAGUUUUGUCUGAAAUAUAACGUAUGUUGUAUAUAAGAAAUCUGUAACCAUCAUAUGAUAUUAGUCAAAUUAACAUAUUGUGCAAUAAUGGUCCAUUUUAUUUGUUUUGUGUAUGAAAAUAUGUUUAUCAUUUUAACAUGUGUAGAACAACCUCUAGGUAUGACUUUUUUUCUUGUCAGAGAAACUUUGCCAAAUGAUACAAGUUGUGAAAGCAUGUUGAAUGUUUGGUCAUAUGUGAAUUAACACACUCCAUUUACUAAUUAAAUUGGAUGAUAAUUAUCUCUUUUUCUUGUCUUGAUGGAAGGAAGCACUUUUUACAUAAUGAGAGCUGACGAUGUUUGAAGACUAGAUCCAAAUGCCAUAUAAAUCUUAUGGUAGAUGCAAUAUAAAAAUGUAAUAAAUGACACAUAAUAUGGUAUCCCCUUAUAAUAGUUACUAGAGGGCUGAACAAAUCCCAUGGCAUUGAAAUUGAAUGGAUUGACUAAAAGUGCAUAGAAAUGUGGGUUCUGCCAUUUUCUUUAUUUCAGAAAUAGUCAUUGUAUGUAAUGCCUUCUGCAUAAAUAAAAAGAAUGAAAAGUUAACCCUUUCAAUAUAAAUUAACGUGGAUGAAUGAAAUAUUUAAAUGCUAAUAUACUUGUUAUAUAAUAUAAGUUUGUUCCAUGUUAUGUUCAAUAGUGUAUAAAUAAGGGCAUUCUCAGAAAUAAGACAUUCAUGUAAGAUAUCUAUGUCUUUGUAAACUUUGUACUGAGUAAACCUUUCUACAAUAAUACAUUCCUGAGUCAAAUCUUCCAUCUUUCAUUUUAUCACAAGUCAAUAUUGUAUAUAGGCUUCUCUGGCACCUUUCUUCCUAAUAAAAUGAAAUUGUAAAAAACAUGUACUCGUAUAUCUUGGAAAUGUAUGUAUUCAGAGUUACAGUGCAUAUUAGUGUUAUCAAGUUACACUAUCUUCUUUGUGUACAUAUUUAAUAGGGCUAUUCACAGAUUGGACAUUAAUUAUGUAGCUAUAUAAAUAUUAAUGUUCAUUAUCACCAAAAGAGAAUGUAUUUAUGUGCAAGGUUCUUUAAUGCUGCCACCUCGUCAUUAAAAAUGGAAGUAUUGAUGACAUUGGUGAAUUUCCUAUUGUUCACAUUCAAAUGCAAUAAUCCCAUUGAAUAACAUGGAUUUAAAGCUAAAUGAAAGUAGUUGCAGUAAAACACUGAUUUCGUGAGAAAGUCUGUAAAACCAAGGUUAAGUAUUACUAUAUCAUCGUGGAUCUAGAUCUGGUACAGUUACAUAAACUGAACUUUGUGAAAUCAUAAAAUCUAAGCUGAAAAACGAUCACACUGAAGAUCGCCAACACAGAUAGGCAUACGUGGGACAGUGUAUAUUAUUAUUGCUGGAAAUAAAGACCCGACAGAAGUGCCCGAAUCCGCGCUUAUUUUGCUUAUUUCUCAGCAAUUACACAAUUUCUUCCAGAAUUCUUUGGCACAUAUAUUUUAUUCAUACAGACACUUGGGUGGUCAUUAUAUUGGAUUCUGUAAAAAGUCAUUUUGAGAUCGUUACCACAACUAGCAUUUAUCUUUAAUGUGAAAUAUGUGCUAUGUAACAUAUUGCUCUCCUAUACAGUGCGUCCCAUAAAGAAGGAAACACAUUUUCAGAGAUAAAUUUCACAAUUAUUAUGUAUGUUUUUAUUUUGAAUUUGAUACUUACGGUAAGAGUGGAAUCUAAUCUCUAAUUUUAGACCAGCAGCUUAGCCAAUCAUUCACACAUGGCAGAUUACAAACGAAAGAUAUCAAGGCCUAUCAGAAAUGCUUUGCGAAGAAACCCACAUGUGAAUGUGAAUCCACUGUCAUUUCAGAGAUCAGUGAGAGAACUUAAAUACAAAGAAAUGCUAAUGAGCCAAUCGUCGAAUAAGCACAGUUGUCGUAUCACAAACCAAUCUUGUUCAAUUUUUCUGCGCAACAUGAUUUUGACAUUAAAAUUUCAAACUCAUCUUGCUCAUUAAUGUGUGAAGUGUUCAUCACAUAUUAGCAAUCAAAAUGUAGAGGAAUAUUUGAAUUGUAUGAUGAUGUAAAUGAAACAUCAUAAUAAAUUUGCCUUUGAAGAAAAAAAGAUCUGAGAAUCCCGGUUUCCUUUUUUCUGGAAUGCACUGUAUAGUUGAUAUGAUAAAUCAAAUUUUUGUAAAACAAGAAAUAUACUUUACUAUGUAAAAGCUCAAUGAGAGUAUUGUUUUGUAAAUCUAGACCCAUGUAAGGGUAAAAGGAUACUAAGAAGCAUAAAUUUCUUCUUUUUAGAGCUAGUGCAAUUACUCAUCUAUGGCCUGCUGUAUAUGAUAAGUUUACCAUAAAUGAAAACAAUGCUCAACAACAAGUUUCCAUGUUCCAACUUUCCAUGGAUGGUUAUUAAAGUUCCAUAGUAAUAACUUUUAUAAUGCACUUGGGUCAGGUAUACAAGUGCAAUGGUGGCUUAACCCAGCUCUAAUGAACGGAGGAUAGUAUACUUUUUGCUGUAACUAUUGUUUUAUUUUUUCUAUAUACUGUUUCUCUCUUACUCUCUUCCUCUCCCUUUCAAUUGGUAAUAACAUGUGAUUGUAUAUUCUUCUUGUAAAUGUAUUAUCUAUUAUAAUGUAUUGAUAAAUGUAUAAGUGAUCAAUAAAAUGUUUAGAAUUGGUAUUGUA